AUGGGGGAAAGGGCUUUCUCCGUCAGGACCUGGUGUGUAGAGGACAAACUUCAUGGCUCACACCGAAACGUCUCCAUCAGCCGACCCAACCACGUAUUCUGCUGGACGCGAAGCAGCGCCUCCCAGGGCGGCUUGUACAGCUAUGGGGAUCCAAGUGGCUUGCGGACGAUGGUGCCGGACCCGGAAUCCCUCCGACAUGUGAACUUGAACGAGGGCUAUCCCGACGCAUUUAUUCGAAAACAAGACUCGGACGACGCUGUGCCCGUGGAUUUUAUCCUUUACGGCGCCAAGGUUGCUUGCCUGCCCAUGGAACGCCCCACAGUUGUAACGUUCCGGAACAACCUGAACAAGUUGCUCAUGACGCCGCUGCAACAGAACGACCCGUGGGUUAUUGAUGCAGUAUGGCACGGCACCACUCUCUUCUUGGAGAUCGUCAAGAUGCAGGAGCAGCGCCAGAAUCCGGACCAGGAUCGGUUCACGUAUUACGGAUGGAUGCCGUUGACCCCGCGCUGCUUGUACCUGAAUCCUUCCCUCGCCUCCUUGCCCCGCGGCGGGACGGCUCACCUCCGUGGUUCCGACUGCGGCUUACCAACCCCGCAAGCGUGUAGAUACAAGUUCGAGGCGCUGUGCACAGGCGCGAGACCAUCCGACCCCGUGGACACCACUGGGGAGUUCGCUCUCAUGGUUCAGGCGAGUGCGGUAAAUGCUUCUAGGCCAAAUGGCAACGCACCGGUGGCCCUUUCGGAUGCUAAGAACGACAAUGCGAAUCAUUUGUGGAUUCUGAUUCAGUUGGCGCCGGUUGUGUAUCCGUUAUGUGUUAUCUGUUUAUCGUCCCAGAUUCGGUUGGGGCGGCACCUGAUCCUGAUGGCGGCUGAGACAGACGCCUGGGAGACGCCCCCCGAGGAGCUGAACGAUCCGGGGGCCGAGUUCGUGGGAUACGUGGAGCUCAAGACUUACGUGCUGCCCCAGAACGACCGGGCCAAGGAGCGGCUGUACCGGGACAAGUACGCGCGAUGGUGGGUGCAGUCCUAUUUGGCGGGAGUGCCCACGCUGGUGGCGGGCGGCAGGGACCGCAGCGGCAUCCUGCAAAAAGUGGAGCGCCUACCAGUGACCCGGCUACCCGCUCUGGCCCGAGACCAGGGCUUCCCCUUCGACGCUUUCCAGCUGAUCAGAUUUGGGGAUGCGGCACUGGACUGGAUGUGUGCCACAGCCUCCAAGAUGCCGGACGAGCAGGUACGGUUCGAGUACGACCCCAGGCAUGGCGCCAUCACGGCCAUGGUACUGGAUCCGGAGCAGGGCUAUGAUCUGCCGGCGCGGGUGGCCACAGCGCUGGCGCCGCAGCCGGAGGGGGAGGACCACCAGCAAAUUGAGGAGGGGGUGGAUGCAAAAGCGCAGGAGGUCGACAUGUGCGCUGAGUAG